AUGACGCUUCAAGAAAGGUUCUCCUUGGAAGAGGCCAUCUCAAACGUCCCGGAGGUCCAGAGGUACGAUUCGUCCAGAGCUUCAAGGGUGCAGAGUCAUGAGUUCCAGAGAGAGCACCAGCCCAUCCACGACCCGUACGACAGUAACGUCAUUGUACCCGAAUAUCUUGAAAACGACCCCAACGUCGUCGAUUAUGGAAAAAACCUAGUUGCCCAUCCUGGAGAGAAAGUCAAGCAUUAUCUCAAGUCGCUUUUUCCCAUCGCCAGUUGGAUUUUGCACUACAACGGUAAGUGGUUGUAUGGUGAUUUGGUUGCAGGAAUCACUGUAGGAGUGGUGUUGGUUCCCCAGAGUAUGUCGUAUGCUCAAUUGGCUGGGUUACCAGCAGAGUAUGGUUUAUACUCUUCGUUCGUUGGUGUUUUUAUUUACUCUUUCUUUGCCACUUCAAAAGAUGUCUCCAUUGGUCCUGUCGCUGUGAUGUCUCUUCAGGUCGGUAAGGUAAUUGCCAAAGUACAAGAGCAUGCUGGGGACAAGUACGCAGCGCCCGAAAUCGCCACAUUUUUAUCAUUAAUUUGCGGUGGUAUUGCUGCUGGAAUUGGUAUUAUUCGCAUAGGUUUCAUUCUUGAGUUCAUCUCGUUGCCUGCUGUCAUGGGAUUCAUGUCUGGCUCGGCUUUUAAUAUCAUGUCAGGCCAGGUGCCUGCGCUUAUGGGCUAUGGUUCUGCUGUGAACACAAGAAACUCCUCUUGUGAUGUUGUCAUUGAUACUCUCAAGAACCUUCCGAAGACUAACGUGAACGCUGCUUUUGGUCUUGUUCCUUUGUUCAUCUUGUACACAUGGAAGUUCAGCUGUGAGUAUGCCAUGAAGCGUUGGCCUCGCAGAAAGCAGUGGUUUUUUUACAUCCAACAGUUGAGAAAUGCAGUUAUUUUAAUAGUGACCACUGCCAUAUCUUGGGGUAUUAUUCAUCCUCAACUCAAGAAGUUUGAUGGCCCAAAAAGCAAAUUUAAAGGCUCCAUCAAGACAAUUGGUGUGGUGCCUUCUGGCCUCAGACACGUUGGUGUGAUGAACAUUCCUGAUGGUAUUAUUGGUGACAUGGCUUCUGAGAUUCCCGUGUCUACGAUUAUUUUGCUUUUAGAGCACAUUGCCAUUUCUAAAUCCUUCGGUAGAAUUAACGACUACAAGAUCGUUCCUGAUCAGGAGUUGAUCGCCAUUGGUGUCAACAACUUGAUUGGUACUUUUUUCAACGCUUAUCCUGCCACCGGUUCCUUCUCGAGAUCUGCUUUGAAGGCCAAGUGUGGUGUCAGAACUCCACUUGCUGGUAUUUUCACUGGUGGUGUUGUUCUUCUUGCCUUGUACUGUUUGACUGAUGCAUUCUACUACAUUCCAAAAGCCACCUUGUCUGCGGUGAUCAUUCAUGCUGUCUCUGACUUGAUCUCUCAUUGGAGAGCUACAUGGAAUUUGUGGGAGGUUGCUCCUUUGGACUGUGGUUUGUUUUUGAUUGCAGUAAUUAUCACAGUUUUUUCAUCUAUCGAGAACGGUAUUUACUUCGCCAUUGCUGCCUCUGCUGCCAUUUUGCUCUUUAGAGUGGCCAAACCCCAGGGUCAGUUUUUGGGCAAAAUUAGAGUUGCCGAGGUGAUCAAUCCCACCAUCAAAUUCACCGACUCUGCAUCUGUGUCUUCUUCUGCUUCCGAAGUUGAGAUUCAGCAAGUUUUGUCUAAUGCUUCCUAUCAAUCAACGGGUGCUAACAAAUUUAAAGUUGGCGAUGUGGAAAAGGUGGUUCCAACUGCGGGCGAGUUGGUGAAACAGAACCCCAAUAUCAGAUUUCAUACUAGAUGGGUUCCUUUGAAUCAGUAUAACACCAAUAAGGAUGUUCAUGUGCAGCCACCUCCACCUGGUGUCAUUGUCUUUCGUCCAGUAGAAGCAUUUGCUUACCCUAACGCUUCUGACCAAGUUGAUCGUGUUGCUGAUGAAGCUAAGAGACUUACCAGAAGAGGCAAUCCUCGUCUGUUUGCCAAUCCUGGUGACAGACCAUGGAAUGACCCAGGUCCCUUGAGAUGGAGACUUCCAUUUUGGAAAGACAAGUUCGGCAGCAAACUUGAAGAUCACAGAGAGGAAGACACAAGACCAUUAUUGAGAAUAAUCCACUUUGACUUUUCUUGUGUUCCAUCCAUAGAUGCAACAGCUAUCCAGGCAUUGGUCGAUAUACGUAAAGCCUUGAACAACUAUGCCGAUAGGGAAGUCGAGUUCCACUUCAGCGGCAUCAACUCGCCUUGGGUAAGAAGGGGCUUGGUGCGUGCGGGCUUUGGUUCUUAUGGUGACACCGAAUUGGUGAGCGAAAAGACCUAUGUCAACAUUGCUACUCAGGAGGAUGAUUUAGAGAACAAUUCAUAUUUCCCUGCCGUGGGAUCCAACACUCCAUUUAUUCAUUUUGAUAUUCCAGAUUACGUUUGA